GGAUUUCUUUCUAUCUCAGAUCUUAUGGACACGGCACGGUUGCACGGUCCGUCAUCUGCUGCUCUUUUUUUUCCCUCUCAACUAACCAAACCAAGAAUAGCAGUGGAGUAAGUACAGUACUUAAUUAAGUUACUAAUCUAUUCCCGCCCGAGAAACCGUUUCAUUUGAUCUACAACAGUCGCAAAAAUGAAGACCAUAACAGCAGAGCCGUAUCUCGAUAUCCAUUGCGGACUCGGCGAGGGCCCUUUCUGGGAAGAGAACAAGAAUGUCCUCCGCUUUGUGGAUAUCAUGAACAAAUCGAUCUGGUAUGUCGACUUGACCGUCGGCCCGGCGUCCGCACGCCACCACGAAUAUGAAUACUCUAUCGGAGUAACUUGCGAUCUGGAGGGAGUAGAGGAUAAGAUCCUCUUUGGCGGUAAGCAUGGAGUCGGUGUCGCCGAGAAGCACAGUAGCAAAUACCGCUACAUCCAGCGCUUCUGGACUCCGGAAGAGGUCGAAAAGGGUAAUGAGGAGCGGAUGAGAGCCAACGAUGGUGCGAUUGACAGCCAGGGUCGAUUCUGGGUCAGCGCAUUCAACGAUCCGUCGAUCACCAAGUUGGAACCAGUUGGAGUCCUGUUCAGACUCGAUACAGAUGGAUCCUUCCAUCGCAUGGUCGAGGGACUCACCAUCCCCAACGGUACCAGCUGGAGUCUAGAUGAUAAGACCAUGUACUUCACGGACUCCGGAGCCCAGACCAUCUACGCUUAUGACUUUGAUGCCGCCACGGGUAACAUCUCCAAUAAGCGUGUCUUCUUCCGCGUUGAAGAGGAGGGCUGUGCUCCCGAUGGCCACGCUAUGGACGUCGAGGGCAACAUCUGGGUUGCCAUCUGGGGUGGUUGGAAGGUUGUCCGCGUCAACCCUGAAGGCAAAGUUACCGCUGAGAUUAAGGUGCCAACUCGGUGUCCUACAUGCGCUGUUAUCGCAGGAGAGGAUAUCUACAUUACAAGCGAAGCUGAUCCGGAAGUUGACAAGUACCCGGAAUCGAAGCGGUACAGUGGUGGAGUGUUCAAGGCUUAUAUUGGAAUUCCAGGCAAACGUCCCAAUAAGGCGCGUGUGCCUAUAGGUAGGAAGUGAAAAAUCCGUUGAUGUUAUUUUAUCACUCC